ACAGAAAUUGCUGUGAGCGUUCGUAAAUCAUAAAAAAUUAGCAUUUUCUAAGUAGACUUACUGGCGUCUGGAACGAAGGUCGCAACUUUUCUUUCUAGUUCAUAAGAUAUCAUCUUCGACUCUUGAUUGCGUGAGCCGACAAUGGGGAAACAACAUGUUAAGUACUUUGUGGUGGACGCUUUCACCGAUUCCGCCUUCAAGGGAAACCCAGCAGCAGUAUGUUUUUUAGAGGAAGAGAAAGAUGACAAGUGGUUGCAAGCUGUGGCUGCCGAGUUCAAUAUCUCCCAGACUUGCUAUUUGACUACCAUCAAUCUCCGCGAUACUGUUAAUUCAAAUCCCAGGUUCCAUCUUAGGUGGUUCACUCCUGUUGCUGAGGUUAAGCUUUGUGGCCAUGCAACGCUAGCUGCUUCACACAUACUCUUUUCUAAUGGAUUGGUAACUUCCAACGUGAUUGAGUUUGUCACACUAUCUGGAAUCCUAACUGCUAAGAGGGUUUCUGAUAUCAGCAGCACUGAUGACUUGAAUAAUCAAAAUGGCAAAGCAAAAGAUUGCUUUCUUAUUGAAUUAGAUUUUCCUACUGUCCCAACUACUGAAUUCAACUCUCUUGAUCUUGCACCCAUUUCUAAAGCCCUGAAUGGUGCUUCCAUAAUUGAUAUCAGGAGGACUACUGGUUCAGAUGACCUCUUUGUUGUGUUGCCGUCUGCUAAAGCUGUUACAGAUAUACAGCCACAGUUGGAUGAGAUACGCAAUUGUCCUGGAAGGGGGAUAAUUGUUUCUGGGGUUUCUCCAUCAGGGUCUGGAUUUGACUUUUAUAGUCGAUUUUUUUGUCCCAAAUUAGGGAUCAAUGAGGAUCCUGUUUGUGGAAGUGCACAUUGUGCUUUAGCCCACUACUGGAGCACAAAGCUGGGGAAGUGUGAUUUUAUGGCUUAUGCGGCAUCACCUAGAAGUGGAAUAUUGAACAUUCAUUUGGAUGAGCAGAAGCGGAGAGUGCUGUUGCGAGGGAAAGCUUUUACUGUGAUGGAAGGCUCUAUUUUAGUUUAGAUUUUGGAAUUAUUCCACUGCAUGUAUUACUAGAUUGAAAUAAUGGCAACCGCUGAAUUGAAGAUCCCUGCUGAAUGCCAAAUGAUCUUUUGUAUCAUGAAAACUGGUCGGAUGCGUUUCACCAGAUAUCCUUAUUUUUUGCCUGAAUUAAUCUUUUUACAAUGACCGAGUUUGC